AUUGAAUAAGCGGUAUAUCUGGACCUUGCGUAACGCUAAGGUUCCAAAUGGUUGACUUGGUUUUGAGAUUGAGUGAAAGGGUACAUUGUAUACAUCCCAAUCAAUAAUGUUCUGGGAGGAGCUUCUAGAAAGGAAUUAAAGUUUCCUACUCAAUCCUUGGUUUAACGUAUUCGCAUUUAUAUUUGUGGCCCACCCCUUUAUUAAUUCAUAGAUGAACAACGUUAUGGGGCCAGGCUUUCGUAGUGCCUAGGUAAACUUCAUUUAGUUAGUACAUAAUCGGUUUUUGGCGUUCAGUAUUACACAUGCUUUCCAGAGAUCGACCAUUUAUCAAGACAAUUUACUGGGGUAUAUUGACGUCGCAAUUGCGACGUAUGUGGAAUAUUAUCUGCACAAUCCGAUCAUUAUGUGCCAGUGAAUUGAUGAUAAUCAGCGUAAAGAGUAUGUCGAUAGUAGAAAAACACUAUUCAGAGUCACAAUGGCACAUAAACCAAAGCAACUUUUCCUGUUCCGAAGUGUCAGGUGUCAUAAUAUAGGCUUCAGACUUUCAAAAACUUAAAUAUAAUUAGGGAAUCUGUAAACAGUUCCCAUCGCGACGAGACUAUUCGGAAGACGUUCAGUUGCCUUGCAUGUACUUAAUGAAAAGAUCAAAUGUGGCCACAUUCGAUCUUGCUUAUCGUCAUUUAAUGUUUCAGUCUCAGAUUGGAAAGGACAGGAGACUUGAUGGCAUAUGCUAGUCCUGGCAAUGAUGGUCUCUCAGUUGAUCCAACUUUCUUUUGAAGGAGUCGACGAAUGAAGCCUCAACCACAUGACGAGGUAAUGAAUUCCACUCGUAGAUGAUUCGAUAGGAAAGUCGAUAGUCAGCUGACAAGUAAUUUGUUUUGGGCUUGUGAACUUUUUUGGAGUGUCGCCAUAAAUUCUGUUUUGGAAGACAAGAAAAAUGAGGGCAUAUCAGGUGCAAAUUUAUCACCAAGUAAUUUGAAAACUGUGAUCAAGUCACCCCUAGUUCUUCGAUAUGACAACGGGAAUAGGUUUAGCUUGGCCAGUCGAGCAUCAUACAGGAGCUUCGCUAUUCCGGGAGUCAGCUUAGUUGCUGUUCUGUGAACCUUUUCCAAAAACUCAUUUUAUUUUUAAAGCAGGGGCUAACCGCUUGUAUGCAGUACUCAAGUUUAGGACGCACGAACACUGUAUACGAAGUCAAAAAAGUUUUAGCGUCGAUAUGAUUACAGGCCCUACGUAUUGACUAUAAAGUUCUAAAACCUUUGGCGGCUAUUGCACGGCAGUGUGCAGUAGUCUUUAAGUCUUGGAUAACGAUGACUCCUAAGUCAUUAUGUGUCUGGACAGUAGGUAGCUCAGUGUUAUUCAUCGUGUAUGUAUCUGUACCCUGAUGACCGAUAUGCGUCACAACACAAUUGGAAGUAUUUAUCGGCAACUGCCAGGUUCGUGACUAUUCAGAUAAUUCCUUCAGGUCAUUUUGGAGUUCUAAGCUAUCACCCUUACUUCGUAUCGCUCAGCAUAGAGCAAGACCGGUGAUGACAGUAGACGAGGAAGGUCAUUUACAUACAAGAGAGAUAACACUGGUCCCCCAAAUGUACCCUGAGGCACUCCACUAAGCACAGUUUCUCAGUUAGACAACCUGGAGUUCACCCGUGCUCUUUGUUGGAGCCCAACUAGGAAGUUUUUUAUCCACAUCAAUGGACUGCUUCCAAUUCCGACAUUUCUUAGCUUAUAUAACAGCCGGUUGUACGGAACAUUGUCGAAAGCUUUGCUGAAAUCAAUGUAGGCUACGUCUACAGGUAACUUUUGGUCCUUGAUAGCGCACCAGCUUUGACGAGCCACUAAUAAGUUAGUGAGACAGGAAUAACCUAUUCUAAAACCAUGUUGCUUUUCCGAAAGGAUCCGGUUCUCAUCGAAAUACUUAAACAAUUCCUUCCGAACAAUCCUUUCUAAAAUUUUAACCACACUAGUUAGGCUAGCGGGUUGGUAGUUCUCAGGUAUAUGUUUAGUACCUGUUUUGAAGACAGGACUUACUAUGGCGUUCUUCCAGUCUUUUGGUAAAUGACCCUGGGUUACGUAUAGAUUAAAGCAUAUAUUUAAAGGGUUCACAACGAAGCUAGCUAGUUUCUUUAGUAACGUAGGAUGCAGGUCAUCGGGUCUCAUUGAUUUCCAUAUGUCAAGCUUAUUUAACAGACCAAAGACAUAGAGUUCUUUAAUGGUCACAUUGUCCAGUGUGUGUGGGGGGAUUUGUAUGAGCUGACGGUAAGGGCGUUUCUAUGGUGUAUGCAUUGCUAAGGUAGUUCGAGGAUACUUUAGCUUUAUCAAAGUCGUCCUCCACUAAUGAUGAAGCAGUACUGUGUCCCCAUAGUGCUAGGAUAUUUCCUCUUCUUUUUGUUCUUUGGUUUAGGGCAUUCUAUGGAUUCCUUGACGAUUUUUUCUUCGCACAACCUUCAAGACUUACGGAUGGUCGAGACAGUUAUUCCGAACUUUUCGAUACUGAGAUUUUGUCUCAUCAGUCCCCAGUAACCUAAAUCUAUUCCACAUUUUUCUUCUCACGGAGAAGGAUGAGAACCUCCCUACUGAACCAUGGUGGAGAGUUCCUCGACCCCCUUGGUGUAGUCCAAGGGAUGUGGGGUGCAGUAACUUUUAAGUAUAAAUUUCGAAAUACAUCCCAAGCCGUUUCAAUUGGGGACUCUGGCUCUAUUGUCCAAUCUAUUGACGAUGCAGGGUGUAUAACAUCCACAUGUUAGGUCUGGAUCGAGCUGAUGCGUGCUUGUUUUGGACAAUUAUAUAGAAGUCAAAGGUUAGAACUGAAUGAUCACUUUUACCUCGGGGUGGCAUGUAAUCGAGGUUCGUAACGUCAUCCUCAUAAUGGGUCGAUAUAAGAUCUAGUAAGGAUGAUUCCGAGUCCGGGUCGCACCUAGUCACUUCUUUCAUAUGCUGCACUAAGGAACAUAUGGUAACCGCACCAAUUAGUUCCUGCUCGAAGGAAUCAUCUGACAAUUCAGUUCGCAGAUUUUUACAGUCUACCAUGGGUGCAUUAAAGUCUCCUAGGAUUAGAUAUCGACUACUUUGGGACCAAGUGUUGAGACUGUUUAGCGGUAGACCAAACCAAUCAGCACCUCUUGUCCUUUGCACUUCAAGCGGCAGCUAAUUGAUUCACAUGUCCCUUUCUCAUGGGAUACACUGUCGAUAAUGGUGAAUGGGAUAGCAUUCCUAAUGAAGAGAGCUACUCCCCGUUCUUUACGCUUCUGGAUUCUGUCGGCUCUUACUAACGUAAAACCCUCAAAUUCAAGUUCCACACUAUCUAUAGGCUGCGUCAGCCAAGUUUCUGUGACUACAAUUAUAUCUGGCUUGGUAACUUUUUGAGGUAUGGCUUCAGUUGUCUCUUUCCCCUUGAAAUUGUGAUUCGGUUUUGGGAGGACAGUCCACUAGGAUCUUUUCGACCGGUAUUUGUGGUUACAGAUACCGGCUGACCGAUCAGUCGGGCUCAUUGUGCGAACAUAGGGUCAAACUCUGAACAUCUAAUCAACACUAAACCACUAACGGUUCCAAACUCUUCAUUUAUAGUACGAAGUUGUCCCGGUGUGCAAUAAACAGUGAAAGUGAUUGUCUUUGAAGUAUCGCCGUCUUCAACGACUGCGCAAUUUCUUUAAUGUUGACUUGUUUUUCAGUUUGCAUCAAUGCUGACAUCGUAUUUUUUCAAAGCUACCAGUUACAACAAACUGAUACAAAAACCAUUUAAAGUUUUGUCAAGUAUUUUGGAUAUGACAUGUCUAAUUUGUUCGCUUUAUGCGCUGAAUUGAUAUCAGCGACUCCUGAAGGCUUUCCAUAAAACUCAUAUCGUUUUGUUAACAAAAAUACUCGACUUGUUAUCUUCGUUGUCCCGAAGGAUUACCAGCUUUUUGAUUACGCUUGCAUGACGCAUUCAUUCAGAUUACUUAUCUCUGUUUUGUUUAUAUUUACAUAUGGGCAACACGUACGUUUAUUUUCGUCCUCAUAUUCCUAAUGUUACUGUGAAGCAAAACUUUCCCCCGUCCUUCAUGUGACAAACUAAUGCUUUCAAGGACGUCAAAGGGUUGAAUAUCGUUUCUUUCAGCACCGGACAAUCUUCACCUUGAGUAGUGUGUAGCCAUGAAGUUGACAGUAUAUUUAUUUAUUUAAUUUAUUUAAACACAUAAAAAUUGGUACAAGGAGACACCAAACAGAUAUGCGCCAUUUAAAUCAUUCGAUUUAUAUGAGGGCAGGGAUACUACCGGGUGCUCAAACCGAAGCAGGUGGUUUUUUUGGGGGGCCACACCCCGAGCCUUUGAAUAAAGGUCUAAUCUACAAGGCAGUGGUGCAACGUCUCAUUGUAGCCGUUAACCAAUAGUUGAUUCAUCCGCCAUUUGUUUCCUUAGGAUCUUGGAGCCCGUGUACACCAUUGGUUUGGAAUGAGGGUUUUCCAACUCCUCUACGUGGAUCCUCUAUAUCCAUCAGCCCGGUUAAAGCGUCGGACAUUCGCUUUUCCUCCCCUCAGUUUCGUAAACAACACCCCCGCCACAAGGCAGUGAGUAGGAGAUCCCUGGCAAUGAUUGUAUGCACAUGGCUGUGUGAAAGCAUUUGGAGAGGGAGAGCUGACCCUCCCCACUCUCGGCCGUACCAGGACAUUUGGGGGCACUAUGUAGCAAUACCACAUUUUUGGUCGUUUAUCAGUAUUAACAAAAUAUUAGGUUUCCAAAAACUGUUACGGACUCAUAUCAUCAUCAUAAAUACGCCUUUAAAUGUAAUCAGUUUAAAUUAUUCUCAGCCACAUCAAAUAAGAAAUACUAUACUCAUUUCUAGGAAGGCGAGAAUCGAUGAUAUUUACUGAAAAUACCUUUACUCUAGUAACAUUUGCCAUUAAAAUAGUUUCUUAAACAAUCCAUAAUGGAAAAUAACGGCAUGUUUUACAACUUAUAUCUAAUUUUCGGUGAAGUUGUGCCAUUUGCCAACCAGCGAUCCAAGCUAUAUAUGUUAGAGAAUGCAAUAAAAGGUAGGUCACGCUGAAUCCAAGUAUCUAUUAGGCAGGUAGUUGUAUACGGUUUUGGGAGAUACUGGUUCACAUCUGGCAGUGGUGUGUCGUACUCAUAUUUUGGACGACCUGAGUGUUCACACAAAAUGAAAAAAUAUUCAAAAACAUAAAUUUCUCCCUUAUUAUACAGUCUGGCACCUCGAGUAGGACACGAGAUUACGAAAGUACAUUGACACUACACGUUUUGAUACUUCAUUUCACCAAACAUUUCUUGGCAGCUGCUUGAAGUUACAGCAUAUGUCGUAUCGGACUCUUGAAAUUGAGUGAUUUGCACUUGAUUUCAUUUCGUGAAUCCAUAGUGUCUAGUGAAACUGCAACUACAUACAGUUCCCGGACUCGAUACAGGAUUAGUUCGCUUAGUCCUACAACAGGAGCUGGACAAAUAAUUUACUUCAAUAUGUAUCAAUAGAUUUUACACUUUGCUCUGACUAUGUCUGAAUCAUGUGAUGAUAAUUGGCUGUUGAGUUUUCAUUUUAUAAUUUUAUUGACAUACUACUGAUCCCACAGGUAGUUAUCAAACAGACGUAUGAGUUAUGUAAUAAUCAUUUGGGGAAUUCUUACUUUCGGCUUGUUAGUUAAAUGGCUAAGGUUUUACUUCUUUAUCCCUGUUCUAUUGUAUCGGGCAGAAGCUUUUACUUAUGGUCAUUUUGAAGUCCCUGUUAUAAACUAGUGAUUUUAAAUCAUUGUAAACAUAGGAUCUUUCAACUUUUUGUACUCUUUUGAAGUCUUCCCCCAACUUGUCUCUUUUAAAGCAUCAUGAUCAGUCUGAUUGCGUAAUGAGAGAAGUAAAACCAUAUAAAACCAGUUACAUAAAGUAUUUGGAAACAUGACUGAUUAUUUUAUCUAUGUUCACUACUCGAUUGACAUAAACGUCCUUCUGGUGACGACCAAGAACAAGUAAUUGAAACCAAUAUGUCUGAAAUAGUUACCCCUAUUAGUCUAUCAGUACAUGACUCCGAAGAUAUCUCGACCGUAACUUUCUUUUUGGUACAAAUUUUCUCCUUAUGCGUCAAAGUUACUCAUUAGUAUAGUUGCGCUUGUAUGUCACGCUUUUCAUAGUAAAAUGGAAAGUUAAGUAUUUCGACUUUAUUCAAAAUGUAGUUAGUAAAUACGUGAAUGAUAACUACAAUGUAGCAUAGUUAUUUUGAGUCCCUGGAAGCCUGUUAAUUUCCUAGAAUGAAGUAUUUCUAAACUGUGAUUUUUGAAAUAGCAAAUACCUGUGAUUAGCAACUUAAUUGUUGGAGUUCUAAUAGUUAUGUUUUUUGCCACGUAUAAUGAAUGCAGCAUCAUUUAGACGUUCACUGGCCAUCUCAUAUUUUUGGUACUUCAGUUCUUUUUUGUCAUAACUGCUUUUUUCUACUAGCGGCUGACAUUGUUUGUAAUCAUACCACCUCAAGUUUUUAAAAGUAUUUGGGUUUAUUUUAGUUUCUGUUUGUCAAAUUAAUCCUUGUUAUCCUGUUAAAUAUUACUCGUAUAAACUAUUGUCGUUUUUACAGAUCAUUGCACUCGAUUACUUUGGUUGAACCAACUACAUCAAAUUACGGUCAUUUUUGUGAUUUUCCACUUUUAUAGAGGUGUACAUGAUAUAAAUCAGACAUGGAAGAAGAAGAUACGUACUUACCAGAAAACCAUCCAUUACAACAAUACUUUCGAGAAAUCGGAGUUCCGGAUGUUGCUACUUGUGAAAUCUCCAAAAGGCCUACUAUCACCACCACUACUACCUUUCUGAUGAAAAAGUUUGCGCAUAUCUUAUCGUACUUCAAAUGCAUAAAUCCUUUUGAUUUUACAUUAUAUUUCGGUCUCGAUUUACCACUUACAAGAUAUCUUUUACUUCAGAUAAUUAGCCUAAUAAAGUACAGUGAUCUAAUUACUGUUGAGAAUAAACCAGUGGUUGAAUACAUAUACUCGGUGGGAAAUAACGACCAAGUCGACUCAAGAUGUUGUCUUGCGAUGUUUUCACUUCUUUGUGGAUUCGGAUUGAGUUACUCUACUCAAAUGAUUUUUAUAUUCUUACUCGUUAUUUUAUGUUUACGGAUGUCCAAUGUACUAUUUUUAAUGGUAUCUAAAUAUCAUCUUGCAGACUCAUUGAAGCAAAUGAAAAAAUUCUCUCACAGAUCCCAUCUUAUCGUUCUUUUCUUACAAGAUCUCAAUACCCGCCGUUAUUUCGGUCCCAAAAUUGUAGAUAAAAAUACAUUUAAAAUUUUCCCACUAAUAUACCAUCAGGCGUACAACUUUAUGCGCGCUUACCUUAUAGAAUUGAUUGAUUUUUCUGUUAAAUUGGGAAACUUAAUUGAUGAAAAUAAUUCUGAGAUACCAUUGGAGAUGUCAACUUCAGAACUGAUUCAAUUAAAAUGUGACAUAGAAGAAAAGCCUAAAGACCCAAGCAUCGAAAAUCUACGAAUGUUUUGUGAACUGUUAAAACUGUUAACAUCUGAUCUCUUAGUCAAAUUGUCAUUCUCGUUUUGCCAAUCAAGACGGGAUACUUUUCACCUAUUACGAUUGAUUAUGUCGGUAUGGAAAUGGGACUACUUUUUGACUAGAAUAAAGAAUGAAUUCAAUAAAUUGAAUGAAUUGCAUUCAAUGAUUUUAAAUGGCAAGCUCAUACAUAAUGAUGCUCGAACUGCAAAAGAAUGUGUAUCUGGAGAAAAUGAAGUCAAAAAUCUCUAUAAACAAACAGAGGCUCGAAUAACUCACGAAUUAUUGCUGCAUCUUCUUGUUUCAUUGGAACAUGCCAACAAUUUGAAGUCCUAUGUUGAACAAAAUUGUAAUACGUCAUUUGUUUCGAAUGAAACCUUUUCCAAUUUAAUUAGUCUCAUACGUUGUCAAUUGAAUGCAUCCCUGAUUUUUUUGAAUGAAUUGGAUAAUGCUCAAACUGCAGACAAUGUUGAUAUUUCAAAAGAAAAUAUAGAAACUACUGUUGACUUCCUAUAUUGCCGAGAUGGGAUUUCAUCUAGUAAAGAUGUUCUGAAAGCUGUGGAUCCAAUUGUAGAGGAUGAUGUAUUAGAAGAUAUAGCUGUUGGAGACUCCUCUAGUCGUGAGUCUGAAGCGGAGUACGAAAAUGUUGACUGCGUGAAUUCACUAAAGAACCCAUCAUCAGGUAUGCAUGUUACUGUACUGAAAGAACUUAAAAAUGUAAUAUCUCACCGUCGAGUGAUUAUGAAGAAGCGUGAAGAAUGUGCUUUAAAACGACGAUUGCAGAUAGAGUGUCCUGAUAACGAAAAGCCGAGUGUAUCCACUGACAGGGUCAGCCUAAGUUCUGAAAAGGAGCUUCGAACUCAGUUUGUAUUAUCCAAUUCACUUGAUACAAAUGAAAGCAACUGUGCUUCUAUGGAUGAUAAACUACUAGAAUUUUUCCCAACUCCUUUGUGUAAUUCAUCAUGCGAAUAUUUCAAAAAGUCCCGUACUGGACGUCGAAAUUUAAAAUGUAAUGUUUUAAAAAGAAAUUCAAUCUUUCUUCAGCUGUCACCUACUAAUGUACAUGAAAAUUAUAGAAUUUCAAAUUGUUCUGACCCAAUUGUAUUGAAAAAUGUUUCACAGUCAAAAAACGCACCAGAUAAUAAGUUUCUACAAUGUUCUGCACUAGCGAAUGCUUUAAUGAAUCAACGUAAAUUGUUGGGAUUAGCCACAGAGGAUUGUUUUACUGGAAUUGGUUCAGGUGAAAUGUGUGUUGAAAUGUCAGAAGAGAAUCAUACUGGCAUUUCAUAAUAAUCAAUGAGUUUUUCUUCACAAUUAUCAUUAUGUAGUAAUAGACAUUGUACAUUAUUGAUUUUGUUAUUUUUCUGUGUAACUAUUCUGACACUUGAGGGUACAGUCGCAUUGUAUUUUAUUAAAACUGAAAUAUACGUUUAGAUACGUGGUGUGAGUACGUAAUAGAGGCUAUUGAAUGUAUGUUCGAGGAUUCUAUGUUCUAAUUGGGUAAUAUAGAUUUUUACCCUUUGAAUUUCGUACGUAUUACCGAACGGAAAUCUGAUUUGUUUUGAAGUAUAUUCUUUGCUUCUUGAUUACACUUGCAACGUUUAUGUCCUAACACGAUCAAGUGAAGUAACGGCAGAAUAAUUCUCCCGAAUUUAUGAUGAAGUUUGUCUUUUGAAUACCAAACUAGCUGGAGUCUAACAUAUUGAUAUUAGUUUAUUCUUCUGUUGUGAUAAGGGUCUUUUGAAGAUGUGUCCUGUAGCUCGAUUCUAUCACUAAUUUCGAACUUGACGCCUGACUAACCUGCGAUGAUAAAGAGAAUCAAGACUACGUGUGAUCUUCACUGCUAAAAGCUGAAUAAUUUGCUCAAAAUUUAUGGGAAAAUAUAGGUUACAUGUGAUACGUUUGCAGGAUAGCAGCGAUUUCUCUAACGGUAACUCCGACACCAUAUACAAUGGUUCUGUUCUCUUUCAGCCCCACCUACUCCGACUAACAAAUCUUAGGCCGAAGAAGGGCGAUGUGUAUUCACAGUAGUUCAAUUGCACAUCGAUUGAUUUUAAUGGUUAUUAAUCGCGGAACUUAAGGUCUUGGGAGCCAUCACUUAAAUGCAAAAUAGCUUAAGUAAUGACUAGAACAAUGAAAUGACUUGAAACACGAUUAAUUUUAUACGGAUUAAAUCAAUGCAAAUGGGAUCGCACUAAAAGUUAACGAUCAAAACUCACUUUAAAUCCAUAUGUAACUUCAGAAGUUGAUUUCUAAAAUCAAGUGUUUGUAAAUUUACCGUUCCCGACAUAUUUUUAACCGAGACAGGGAUAUGUAGGUCGUGAAAUUGUAUUGAUGAAUAAUUUAUCUACUCACAGUAGAUUACCCACAGUUUCCUCUCACCACUUGUCCUCGGAACAACAUUUGUUUUGUUUGACUGCUCAGGAAAUCAACUGAAGCAUUUGAAUUGAUGAAUUGUAUUCAGGUUGUUCUAUAACACAGAAAUCCUGAUAACAGAUUGAUUGUUUUUAUGUAUUCAGGAUAUAGUACUCAAAAAUCAGUGUCAAAAGCUAUAACCAAGUGAUCAACAUAUGCAGGGAUUAAAGAAAUAUUUUAGUAAGAUCUAAAAAAGAAUAAAUCAUGAGUUCGCAUUAGAGUUCUUCCUUUUUCACUUGAGUUGAAAAUGGGCAGUACGUAUAAAGAUCAUAGUUGCCUUGUAUUGGGAGUUCCAUCUAAAUAUAUCAAAUAACUUGUCAACAUACUCCUUGAGAUUUUGCACAUCUGGUGCUUAUGGAUCAAUAGAUAAUCCAUUACCACAACUUUCCUAAAUUACAUGCUUCCAUGACUAACAAUGUUAACUGAUUUAAGGGUUUUAGAUUAAUGUAAAAGGAGUAUAAGCUAACUGAACGAUGUCGUUAAACGUAUUUUCACGAUGUCAGCGGAUUGUUCAAAUUGACUUUGGAUAAAUAACAGCUACCGCAACUUCAAUACUCGACAAAACACUUGGUUUAUUUCCUUCAAAGACAAUUUGUAUUGUAUGUUGAAAAUCGAUCUUAAUAGAUGUAAGGUAUUAUGGAUAUGCAGCCAGCUGAUUUUCGUUUGCCUUAUACCCUUUUUGAAGAAAGAUAAAUCAGUGGCCUGUUUAGGAUGAUGAAAUAUCAAAUCUUUCUAAACUAUCAUUUAGUUACCUGAUUACGGUCGCAAUUACAUUUUCGUAGUGUUAGUUCGCUUACCAUGUUGAUUGAUUUCAAAACGCGUCAUUUUCUUUUCAAACCUUCGUUUCUGUAGGCUUGUAAAUCAUAAAUGAAAAAAACAAACAUUGCAGUAGGCUUUUUAUGCAGUUUUUGAGGAUCAUUCAUUGUUAUUUCGUCUCUAAAGCAACCUAUUCGGGUUGAUGUUUACGGAAUCUCACACUUCUGUCAGUCAUUUUAUAGUCGAGUUUGGACAAAUUGACGGUAAUCAAACAGAAAUGGUAUUUCUGUCCUGAUGAGCUCAUUAUCCAAAGCUGAAAUCGAAGAUAUUCGAGAAGUUUUCGACUUAUUCGAUUUUUGGGAUGGUCGAGAUGGCAUGAUUGAUGCAGUGAAAGUUGGUGAUCUACUUCGAUGUAGUGGAAUAAAUCCGACUAUUGCAUUAACAGUAAAACAUGGAGCCACUAUAAAACAAGGGGAAAAGCAAUACAAAUUCGAUGAGUUUCUUCCUUGUUAUGAAGCUAUUCUUAAAGAGAAAGAAACUGGCACCUAUGCUGAUUAUAUGGAAGCUUUUAAAACAUUCGAUCGUGAAGGACAAGGAUUUAUUUCAGCUGCUGAAAUGAGACAUGUUUUAACAGGUUAUGGUGAACGUCUUGAAGAUCCAGAAGUGGAUGCCAUUUUGAAAUUUAUUGAUUUACGUGAAGAUUUGGACGGAAAUAUCAAAUAUGAAGAAUUAAUCAAGAAAGUUUUGGCUGGUCCUUCCAAGUAAAAGAAACAUGAAAUUAGACAUUGUCCUUGAAAAAAAAGAAAUGUCUUUUUUUUUCUGGAGAAUCUUUUUCCAUAUUCUUUCUUUCUAUGUUGAAUCUUGAGAGAUAAAGUUUUCUUAUUAACUCGGUGAUUUUCAUGUCGAUUCAGUGUAAUUAUUACUCAGUGUGUUCUACUGAUGUCAAUCGGAACUGAAAACUCUAGAGGCAGAAGGAUAAGAAGAUUGAAGAAAGAAGAACGAGAACAGAGAAUGAUUGCUGUGGAGACGAAGGAACAAUGAAGUCUGAGACGAUUGAUUAACAUUUUGCAAAUGAAGUAUUUACUGUAUAAUUUUCAGAUUUUACUAAGAC